AUGGCGGACUUUGAAUUAGCUUUUAUGGCAGCUGUUAAGAAAGUUUUCCCAGAUUAUGAUGUUAAGGGAUGUCUAUUUCACUAUUCACAAUGUAUACUGCGUAAAAUCCAGAAUAGUGGUUUUAUUAAUCUAUACAAAUAUGAUGGUGAUUAUGCUCUCCAUUUAAAGAUGUUUUAUGCUUUGGCUUAUGUACCUGUGAAUCAUGUCAUCACUGUCUAUGAGUCAUUGAUUAAAUUACCUUUUUUUGUCGAUCGUGAAGAGAAGUUGAGUGAAUUUUUGGAUUAUAUGGAAUCGAAUUGGAUUGGGAAAUUAACUCGUCGUGGUGAACGUCAGAGGAGUACGUAUGACGUAGUAAUAUGGAAUCAUUAUCAGUCAACUAUUGAUGAAGUUGAAAGGACAAAUAAUUCAAUCGAGGGUUGGCAUAAUAGAUUUAAUAUGCGUGUACAAAAUGCACAUGUAACAAUAUGGCAGUUCAUUGAAUUUCUUCGAAAUAAACAAGGAUUAACUGAGUAUGAGUUAGAGCAAAUGGUUGGUGGUAAGGAGCCAUCAAAGAAGAAACGAAAAUAUAGAAACCACGAUCGACGAUUAUUGAAUGUUGUUGAAACUUGGGGAAAGGUUGAUAAUUUAGAAUAUCUUCGUGGUAUAGCUCAUAAUAUUGAAUAUUGA